AUGGAUCCUUUUUCUCAAUUUGACCUCCUGGCAUACCCUGCGCUAAACUUUGAUUGGCUGUCCCACUUUGACAUCUUGGCCUGCUCUGCACUUAGCGCUGCGCAACAAGGUGGUGCGCAAGUGAGCCAGCAGUUGCCAGGGUUGGCCUCUCAUGCAAACUCUGCUGGGCAGUAUGUGACAACGGUCGCAAUAGCUGUGGCAGGAGCUGCUGCCGCAUUCAUGGCUGCGGAAGGAAAUGUGGAGCCAGCCCAGGUAGAUGAGGCAGGUUUUUCCAGACACAGAUUGUCCCGAGAAGUACUCAAAAUGGUGUACAGAGAGUGCAGUCACCGCGAAGUUGUGCAAGCGGUUCGUGAGCCCUCCUGGGAGUGUCAACCAGUACGUGCACUGUGCCGACAAGCGGGUCAGCAGUCUCAGCUGCUAGCAGCAGAGCUGGAAGCCAAGGGCAUCAAAACCAUGAAAGAUCUUGCCAGGGCAUUUGCCGCCAACCCGCACCUCUGGAUGCAGAUGCGUCUGCACUCAGGUGAGAAAGCUAUGUUAGAGAAGAGUGUUCGAUUGGGUGUGGAUGGGUUGCUGCGCUGGCAUGUGGGUGCUGUGCCUCCAGGAGCUUCCAAUCCUUGUGGAAAAUCUGGGCACGUGCUGCCCACCUCCGCCAUUGUUCUGGCUAGUCGCAUAUCCCUGCAAGCCCGCCACAUUCGCAGUGGGACGAAGCUGCUCUCCUUCGAUUUUGAGAAGGGACAGAAAGUCUUGUCUCGUGUGGUAAAGUGCAGGGAGGAGACAUGGCUGCAAAGAGGAUGCAACAUGCUAAGGGAUUUGGGCCGAGGGCCAUCAACGAUAGUUCAGGUCACUCUGCGAGACCAGGACAUGCAUUUCUGGCAGCUCAGAACGCUCCCGGAUCAGCUUCUCUGGUGCCUAACGCCACAUGGGUAUGCGUGGUUGCCAGCCAGUUCGGACGCAACAUGCUCUCAUCGAGGUUUGCAAGUUGGAGACAUGCUGGUGCGCCAGGACAGGCACCUUUGCCUUUGCGUCAUAGUGCACGUUGACAUCCUGCCGCAAGACCAUGAAGGCCUCAUAGAGUUUACGUUAGAAGGACGCGGCUCCUUCUUCAUCAAUGGCUUCCUAGCCACGGCCGGUGGAUAG